CCUGGGAGUCUGAGGGGAGAGUGCUGGGUACCCAGGGGCUUGGUGGGGGGCCAGGGACUCAGGGUAGCUGCCCAGCUGAGGUUUUUCCCUCAGAAGAGGCUGAGGAUUGCCAAAGUAGCCAAGCUUAGGCCCUGGGCCUUGACCAUGUGGUCUGUGGUGGGACUGUGGCUUUAGAAGCCCUUCCUGACCCCUGACCCCUGUGCUAUCUGUCAGUCCUGGACAGCCCUUCUGAGAAGGCUUCUGCCCCAGAACAGGAGCUUGACUGGGCUGAGCUCUGCGGACAUGGACGUGUUCCAGAAAGUAGAGAAGAUUGGGGAAGGCACCUAUGGGGUGGUGUAUAAGGCCAAGAAAAAGGACAGCGGGCAGCUGGUGGCCCUCAAGAAGAUCCGGCUGGAUUUGGAGACUGAGGGCGUCCCCAGCACUGCCAUCAGGGAGAUCUCCCUGCUCAAAGAACUGAAACACCCCAACAUCGUCAGUGAGAAGAAGCUGUACCUCGUGUUUGAGUUCCUCAGCCAGGACCUGAAAAAGUACAUGGACUCCACCCCGGCCUCGCAGCUCCCCCUGCGCUUAGUCAAGAGCUACCUCUUCCAGCUCCUGCAGGGCGUGAACUUCUGCCACUCUCAUCGGGUCAUCCACCGAGACCUGAAGCCCCAGAAUCUGCUCAUCAAUGAGCUGGGAGACAUCAAGCUGGCCGACUUUGGACUGGCUCGAGCCUUUGGGGUGCCCCUGCGCACCUACACCCACGAGGUGGUGACACUGUGGUAUCGUGCCCCCGAGAUCCUCUUGGGUACCAAGUUUUAUUCGACAGCUGUGGAUAUCUGGAGCAUUGGUUGCAUCUUUGCAGAGAUGGUGACUCGCAAAGCCCUGUUUCCGGGUGAUUCUGAGAUUGAUCAGCUCUUUCGUAUCUUUCGAACCCUGGGGACACCCAGUGAAGACACCUGGCCAGGAGUCACUCAGCUGCCUGACUAUAAGGGCACCUUCCCCAAGUGGACCAGAAAAGGGCUGGAGGAGAUUGUGCCCAAUCUGGAGUCAGAGGGCAAAGACCUGCUCAUGCAACUUCUGCAGUACGACCCCAGCCAGCGGAUCUCAGCCAAGGCUGCCCUCGCCCACCCAUACUUCUCGUCUGUGGAGCCUUCCCCGGCCCCCUGCCGGUGUGUGCUGGAGCGUUUUUGCCGCUAAAAAUAUUUGGAGGUCCACAGCCUCAAAUCCUUUCAGUUGAACCCAUACCCAGCUUCCCAAGGGAGGACAAAUCUGGGAAGAAAGCAAAGCUCUAAGGAAUUUUGCAUUAGUCGUCAGAGGGCAGAGUUUGAGCUGGUCCUGCCAGCACAUUAUUGAGUUCCUGAGCAGUUUAUUGAUUUUGACGGUGCCAUUUCCAAAUGGCACAGAUGCCCCAUGUAGGAGGGAGAAUAUUCGAUUUCUGGUCCCCUGGCACUGGAACAGGUGCCAAGUGGAGAGCGGAAAGCUCCUCGAAACCCCUUCACCUGCAGAGCCAGGCCGGGGGGAGGGUGCCCCCUGCUGGUCUUUUUUUGAUUUAAUGUUUGCUAGAAGAGUUGAAUUCAGUUGAGAAUUCAGUUCAGAAUCCCACAUUAAAUAGGAGAGAGGGAGCCCAGGGGACAGU